AAUUAGUAAAUAAAGAUGGUGGCAGCGCAUGAACUGUGUGCGAUAUCGUCACGCGAAAAAUGUCUGGUAAAAUGAAAUGGAAACGAGGAACGUGUACGAUCUCUCAGAAAAAUUCAAAAGUCGUAGAGACUUAGUGAUCGGAGUCACCGCAAAGACGAUAAUAACAGUGUAAAUAGUGUAACUUUCGUAUAGUUCCCCGGGAGCGUAAAGCAGCCGCAAAAGAGGAUAAUUUGGCUCCAGAGUUCACUGUAAGAUAAGAAUAAGAAAAAAUGGUGGUGGGCGAGGCGAGUAUACACAACAUAAUGGGAGGAAUGGAGAGCACGGGCGGGGUGCGACUUCACAAUCACAAACGGAAAUUGAAGCAGAGGUUCGACAUCAUCAAGAAGCUCGGUCAAGGUACUUAUGGUAAAGUUCAAUUGGGAAUCAACAAGGAAACCGGGCAAGAAGUGGCGAUAAAGACUAUCAAAAAAUGCAAGAUAGAAACGGAAGCCGACUUGAUCAGGAUACGAAGGGAGAUUCAGAUAAUGUCGAGCGUUCAACAUCCCAACAUUAUUCACAUAUACGAAGUGUUCGAGAACAGGGAGAAGAUGGUGCUGGUAAUGGAGUACGCAGCCGGUGGCGAACUCUACGACUACUUGAGCGAGCGCAAGGUGCUGACGGAACACGAGGCUCGACGAAUAUUUCGACAGAUAGCCACCGCGGUUUUUUACUGUCACAAGCACAAAAUCUGUCACCGGGACUUGAAGCUGGAGAACAUAUUGCUAGAUCAGGUUGGAAACGCGAAAAUCGCGGAUUUUGGCCUGUCGAACGUGUUCGACGAGCAACGACUGUUGAACACGUUCUGCGGCAGUCCGCUCUACGCCAGUCCCGAAAUCGUCAAGGGUACGCCGUAUCACGGCCCCGAAGUCGACUGCUGGAGCUUGGGCGUUCUUCUCUACACUCUGGUGUACGGUGCCAUGCCCUUCGACGGGUCCAACUUCAAACGACUAGUCAAACAGAUCUCGCAGUCCGACUACUUCGAACCUAAGAAACCGUCGCCCGCUUCCCCUCUUAUCAAAGACAUGCUGACCGUCUGUCCCGCCAGAAGAGCCGACAUCGAAAGGAUUUGCACCCAUUGGUGGGUGAACGAAGGUUACGAGCAGAAUUGCUUGGACAUUGCGGAGGACUUGGCGGCUCAAACUCCCGUUCGGUUGGAUCUGCUGCUCUCUCUGGUGCCACAGUCCGCGAGCGCGGAGAAACUGGUCGUUGGGGACCAGCAGCCAGCCGCGGCGGACGUUCCGAACAACGUGUCUUCCGAAACUCUGAUACCUACCAGAUGCCAUUCGGUCGGCAGCUUGAUGGAACUGGAUCAGAGCGGUUCCGAUAGACGGAUAAGAAGAGAGCUAAUCGAGGAGGAGCAGAGGACUGCACCGAUCGGUGGCGACGCCAAAAGGAAAUUGGAGACAACGCCGUCGAUGGACGAAACGGCUGCCGCCGAUGCCAAGAGGAAGGAACGAUCUCGAAGGAAAGAGAAGCGGGACGAACCCGAGGCUAGAACGUACAAAUCCGCGUCCAGGCAUCACUCGGCGCCUAUUCCAAACUCGAUCACGGAGGAAGCUAUGGAGGUGGAUCCAAUGGUAACCGUUCCUAUCAGCAAGACCGUCGACUUGAACAAGAUCGAAUCUACGGCAGCUUGUCUGGAAUUAAUCAAAGAAUGUAGCGAGAGGUCACCGAGCAAGGAGAGAAGCAAAACGCCGAUGAUUCACGAGCCGGAACAGCGACCGCUCGCGGUAGACGAAUCCCGGCGAAUCUCGUCGGAAGACCGCUCUCUCGUCGCUAAUCACGACGAGGAGCGCUCGCCGGACGAACGCCAAGCGCAAUCGUUAGACGACGGACACGGUGACGAAUCGUCGUCGAUGACGAAACGUUCGGAGAUGGCGCUCGAUCAAACGAUCGCGUGUUCCGCGACACCCGCCUUCGAACCAUCGAACGAGAAGACUUUGUCCGGAAACGAGAGGUUCGAGAGAACGUCGUCGACCGCCGGUCAAGAGGAAUCGAUCAACCUCGAGGCGACUCAACGAGAAUUUAAGAAGCUGAAAGAAAAGGCGCUCUCUCUCGAUUCGGAACUUUCCAACGAACCGCGAGACGCUGCCGCGAAGACGUUCGAAAGGAGACGCUCCAAGAUAUUCGAGACCGCGGAGAAGUUCAAUCAGAUGGCGUCGACCGUGGAAAACGAGAAACCUAAAAAGAUCUUUAUACCGGGCGUGAACGUCGGAGGGGCGAAACGCGUGUUCGAGAGAAAGGCCAGUCUCUCUUCCAUCGGCGCGCCUCCGCCUACGAAGUGCGUGGCGUCCAAAAUGAUCAUCGACGUUCCUACGACGGAUACGAAGAAGAACGAAAAUUCGAACGACAAGUCGAAGCCGACGCGAGUCGAACGCGAGGAACGGGAGGAGCAGGAGCAGCCAGAGGAAAACGAAGAAGACGAGAAGAAGAAGGAAGAGGCGAAAAAACGGGCUAUCGACAUAAUAAGUGGUGCGAUUGGAAAACCACCUAUGCAAAGGAGGAUAAACGGAUCUCCGCCAGUUUCGCCCUCCAGCCAAGAACCGAAGAAACUUGCGUCGAAGAUAUCGGUUAGUACGAACGAUUCGCGUUCGACCGCGCAAUCCUUGACCACGACACCCACCGAGACCAACUUCUCGUUCGAUGAGAAAACAGCGGACGGGGACGGACGAGCGACGGUAAGACCGACGAUGAUCUCGACAGAAGCGUUCGACGACGACGACGGCGACAACGACGACGACGAACCGGAAGAACCAAAAAUGUCCAGCAAAAUGGAAAUCACUCUGAAGAGCGCGACUCUACCCAGACCACGAAAGACGAGCAAAGCCGAGAUCUCCGUGACGAGCGCGAAACCUUACAAGGUCCAAGCUCCGUUCGCGUUCAAAUCCGAACUCGAGGCCAAGAUCGACGCGUUUCAGCCACAGAAGCUGCGAACGCAACGGUCGGAAGUGGCGUUUCCCGUUGCAGCCGCGGUACCGCAGACCAAUCGAAGCUCCAGCUUGGAACCGGAAAGCAGACCGAGGAGCGGUGCGCCGAAGGAGAGGAUAAUUCCGAUUCAGAUGGAAGCGGAUCAUCGGCAGUCGCGACAUUCGUCGACCACGCCUCCACCUUCCAAGCCGCCACCGAUGCCUCAAAGAUCGGUUUCGCAGCGGUCGGGCUCGUUGUCUCGUCAGUCGACCGCAGACUCGGAUACCGACAGCGCUCUCGGAUCGACCGUCGGUCCCGAGCCGAUCCGAAAGAGCCCCCGAGAAUAUAUUAUUCCCAUCGCCGUGGAAGGCGGUGGAUACGUGACCCCCAGAUCCGGUAGCGUGGAGCCCGAGAGCAAAACCGGUGGCACACCGUCUAGCGCCAACGUGCCCCGCUCCAGAUUCGGUAGACCCAGGAGGAUGAGCUCCCUGUUGUCGGAUGCCAGCGAGGAUGAAUCGCCGUUCUCUUCGUUGCACAGGGACAGCGAGGAUCUGUUGCAACGACACAUGCAUCGAUUGAGAAGCUCCCGGCCAUCGAGACAGCCACCGGAACACGUGGACAGCUUGUCCUCCGGCGAGGACGACGACGACGAUGGAUUCGAACUGUUAACCGCCGAGAAUCUAUUCUCCACUCUGCUGUCCAGAGUGCGAAGCUUGACACAGAGAUUGAACGUGGACGACAAUCGUACCACCGGCUUCCCAAGUUCCCGCCUGUUCGGAAGAUUAGGAUCCAAUUCCUCGCAAGCGUUAUGGGGUCUAAACAAACCACUGUCGAGCUACCAGACGUAUGUCGAAACGAGGACCGUGACUACGCGGUUGUCGGAGUCGCAGUUCAGGCAUUCGCUCGGUCGAGAGGGUGACAUACUCUCGAGGAAAGAUUGCGCGAACACGUCGAACCCAGGAACUCCGAGCAGUCCAGGAUCGCACGGUAAUCCUUCGAGGGAAACGGUAUUCGACGUCGGCAGUAACACUUUACCAAGAGAUAAAGUAGCACGCGAAGACGUAGAAGCGGAAGCAACGCGAACGAAAAAAGAGACGCAGGAAUCGUUAGAGCAAAGCUUCACGCCGAGCUUGACCAGACGAUUGGGCAGAACGUUGAUCGAGCAAACCAGACGAUCGUUGACGAGAUCACCGUCCGUUUCGCGCGAAGGCCGGGCCCGUUCGGCCGAGAGAGACGCGUCCGAGGCGGCGGCGGCGGCGUCGUCGUCGUCGUCGGCGGCGACGGCGGCGGUCGACCGAUCCGUCUCCACCGUUUCCGACCAGUCCGAGUACAAGCACCGGUCGGCGAGCGAUCGACGGGCCAUCAGGAGAACCAACAGCCUACUGGAAUCGGCGACCGGUUCGCUCGCCUCGCCUCGUCGGACCGUCGCCGGUCUCUUCGACGACGAGGACGAUCUCGCGGAUCAUCGGCAUCUGCACGGUCGUUCCUCCUUCUUCUCCACGUUCCCCAGGGACACGGUGGCGCGUGGCAAUCUCGGCAGAUGGUACAACGAAACCGGCGGUGGUCGAGCCAGCACGGGCAGACUGCGAAAGGACAGCUUCCGUUCGUAUCGUACGGACAAGAUUCAAGAAGAGACGUCGGACGACGCGUUCGCCGGCGAUAGAAGCGGCUCGAUCUCGGAGUACGCGUCGACCUCGGCCUGCGACUCCAACACGAACCCGUUGGACGACGACGCUUCGCCGACCGAGUCUCGCGCCAACAACGCGGUCGACUACAAGCCGGCGUACAAGUCGGAUUCCACGUCGAGUAACUUGGAGAACAGGUUGUUAGCCGCGGAGAACUUGAUCAGGGAGUCGAAACUGAAGAACUUGGGCUCUGCCGGCGGCGUAAAUCUAACCUCCAGCUACCGAGACACGGACAAAUGCGAGAAACGAUCGUUGAUCUCAAUGGCGGAAACGACCGGAGCCGCGGCGACCUCGAAACGGCGAACCUGUAUCCCCAGCUUGAGGCUGCGAUCCGGCUCGUUGACCAGAGAGCCGAGCGCGGCCGUCGAUCGGCGAAAAUCGUUGGCGGAUUCGCAGGACGUGGCGAAUCUCGUGGCGCGAACCCUCGUCCCGGAAAGGUCGCUGCUGAGCAAAUUUUUCAAGAGCGCCGCUGGCCGAUCGGAGAACGAGCCGACCAGGGACAAGGAGAAGGAAACGGACGCGGAGAAGGAGAAAGAGAAGCCGCAAAAGUCGAAGCAACGCCGGAUAUCGCGAUUCCUACGGCCGGACUUUUUCGACACGCCCAGAGAGGAGAGUCGUUACGCGAAAGAGAAGGAAGCGCAGAAGGCGGCGGAGAACGAACGUCGCAAGUCUCGGUUCAUCAAGCGGAAAAGCGAGAACAGGGACGCGGCAGCGGUGUCGAAAACCACCGUGCCAACGACAACGAGCCGAGAGGGCAGCGUCGAGACGGAGAAGAAACGCGAGAAGGAGCUGAAGAACGAGAUCAAUUGUCGGAGAAGGGAUCGAUGCUCGCGGGAAAGGGAAACCGCGACGGAAACGACAGAGUCGGUCGAGGGUUCGCGAAACGGAUUUCUGCACUCGUUGGAGAAGAAGCUCGAGAGUCUUCGGUGCAACGACGAACAGCGCGCGUCCGGCCGAGAGAAGACGACGGUGAAGUCGACAGCGAGCGACGAGCGAACGAUCGGCAACGAAGCGUCGCGGGAGCGAUCCGCGCCUCCGGUCGACCGUCGUCUAUCCUCGGGCUCGAACGAACGCGUUACCCUCGAAAGAGCGAGCAGCAGCGUCGAGGAUCUCUCGCGGCCGAAAAACCCGAAGCGAAACUCCCCGAAGAGCAGAGUCUCGUCCGUGCUCGGUUUGUUCAAGACCGUGGAUCCGAAACAGCUGGCGAACGGCGCGCGAUCGCAGACCACGAUCCUCGGUAAGCUGAAGAAGAGCCCGCCGAAGGUGCUCGCGGAUCUUACGUCCGUCGAGGAUGCGACCACCGUCGCUCCUACCGUCGGUAGCAAGAUACCGACCAAGCUGGUGGCCAACGCCGACGCCAAAUCCACGAAGAAGAUCGGCGAGACGAAUAAAUACGACAAGCCGGAAAAACGCGUCUCCUCGUGCGAAUCUUCGAGGCGAUUCUCGUCGAAGGAGGGACCGAAGCAGGACGGAACACCGUCGACCGCGAAAGAGAGGAGCGCGUCACGCGAGAAAGAAUCGGCCGGGGAGAGAGGUGGUAGUGGUAACUGGAACCGAGACGCGGACCAAGGAUCGACGGAUACGAGACGCGAAAAACCGAACGACGACGAGAAAAGAUCGACGGAAAAGAGAUCCGUGGCGAUCGCGGGCAACAGAGGUAACAAACGAGCGAAUCGGUGUUCGCUGGAGAACGGCGCCUCGUCCACGGAACCGAGCAGAUCCGAGAACGCGGAGAAGAAGGCGGGAAAACCGACGAAAAAGACGUGCGAAACGUCGGAAAGCAACGAUUCGGACGGCGUAAAGAAGAAGAGAAUAGUACGAGUGGCGAAGAAGGUGGUGAAGAAAUCGACGGUCUCCGGCGGUGGGACCGGCGACAAAUCCAUCGACAAAUCCAUCGACAAAUCCGGCGACGCGGAUAAAACGUCGGAAGGAAAGGAGAAGUCCGCGAAACCUCGAACGAAGAAAAAGGUGGCCGGUAUCUGCGACAAGAGUUCGGUGGAGACAAAAGUGGCGACCGCUAGCGCGAAGGCCGGCAACGCGGAAGAAAACGGACUUGGGACGGAAUCGGGGGACAAGGGCGAGGAAAGAGCUGCCAACGACCAUUCCGAGGAGGAGACGGUCGAGACGGAAACCAACAACGACGACGAACCGGCGAAAAUUCAGCGGGAGUCUCAACGACCGAACAGGAACAAUCUGAAGCUCGAUCUGUCCAAGAUACCUCAACACUCGUUCAGGAACGCUACGCCCAAGAGAGAUUCGCCGAAAUCCGAUUCCCCGUCGUCGACGACGACGAACCAAGAUCUCCCCGGCAAGCUGAUGGAAUGUCUGUCGAAGGUGACGCAUCGCGCCAGCAUCGCCGGCAACAAGGUAAUCGUCGACAAGCCGUUGCGCGCGAGAGACGUUGCCGAACUGAAGAGAGAGGUGACCGAGUGCGCCAAGAUCAUCGAGAGCCACGCGGAAUCGGCGGUGAACGCGGCGCAAGGUCCCCCGGAAGAGAGGAAGUCGAGCGCGAUUCCUUCGCAGGUUUCGACGGAGAACGACCGGCCGAUAACGAGCGCGACCACCGCCGUCACCGGCGCCGAUUAUCCCAACGACGUUCUCUCGCCGAUCGACGAUCCCGAGAGCUUCGAUUCGUGGUCGAUCAGCUCGGCGGAAUUGAGCCACGCGCGACCGGACUUGCACUCGCCCACGUCUCCGUCCCAUUCGUUGUACGCCAGAAACGACAACUCCGACAAUUCGGAAUCGGUGAUCGAUCGAAUACGCAGACGGAGCUUCUACUCGCGGUUCAACGACAGACGAAGACCGUCGUUGACGGCUCCGCCGCCGGGCGUCGCUUUGCCCGGCAGCGCGACGCUGCCGAGAAAAUUCAGCUUCAGCGGACACCGCGAGCACCGUGAUCGCGGUAGAUACGCGACCGGAUAUGCCGGACUCGCUUCCGCGGUCACCUCGAAGACAGGUGGCAGCGGCGGCGGCGGCGGCGGCGGCGGCGGCGGCAGCAGCAGCAGCGGCAACAGGUACGCCACGGACAAAAGGUACGGUUUCUACAGCGAGGAUGGUAUCGCGACGAUAGAUCGCCGUAAUCGAUCGCUCGACCGAGCCGCUCGCUACUCCGACACCGGCUACGUCACCGACCUCAAGUCGCCGACCGAACACCCGGUCGUACUCUCCUCGUCCUACGAUCCUCUCAGAAGGUAUCUCAGGUCGCCGACCUUCGACCUGUUCGACGCCUCCAGAUCGAGAUAUCACAGUGCCGACUUUACCGCGGAUCCGGAUCUAGCCACCGUGUACAGACCUUCUGCUUGCAGCUUGUCCAACGACUCUGUCAGCCUCGGCUACUCCUCUCUGCCGAGAAAGUACGCGAUCGGACUUGCCGAACCGAAAACCGUCCAGUACUACGAGGAUUUGCUAUCUCCGAGCACCGCGGACUACUCGCCGUCUAGGAGGUCGCCGACGUGCAGCGAGUAUCCGACUAGGUGCGAGAACGGCUACUACAACGGAAAUUCGGAUGUACGCGCAAACGCUGCGAAACGGAAAACUUGCACGGAGAACGCGAGAACGCUGGAGCUGUACGAAGAUACCGAUCCGGCUUCAGCCGCUUCCUGCGACGAACGAUCCACGGAACAGAGGAGGAGCAAAGGCGAACGUACGACCCAGACGAAACAUUCGCUUUCCACGUCCGCCGAUACGACGAGCCGUUGCGCCAACGACCACAGUUAAUCUCGUUUUCGCCGAUUCGCGCGACGACGCUUCACGCGCUCGUCCAACGUCCCGCUACUUUUGCUCGUUGCACGCAUCGAUUCCAGCGUUAUCGUCCACGUUUCUCGCCCAAGAGUCGGUAACGUGCGUUACGGUGUACGCGUAUCCAAGUCAUUGCGACAGUUCGUUUUAGAAAAUACUCUCUUAUUCCGCGUUGCAGACGCAAGACAUCGUAUUUCUCCCACCAUCUCGAUACCACCUCGUUCUAGUCUAUUUAUUUAAUCGACGUAGGAUUUCGAGUGCAAUGGCGAUUGCUCGACCGUACCGAACGCUUGUCUCGUCUCGUCUUCGUUACGAAACGAUCCAACGGCCUAAAACCACCCCGUCUCGUCCUCCCUCGAAACCGACGAAACGUAUUUCUUCGCCUGCCCGCUGUUUUCGUCGACGUUACGUUACGAUCGUUACGUCCGACGCUCGGUCCAUAUUCGUCGUAGCAAAUGUCUCGUCCAUUCUCCCGACUUCGCGUUUUUCUCUCUUCUUUACUUAAUAAAUCUUAAAAUGCGACAUUGCGACAGUUGCUCUCCAUCGCUGUUACCAUCGUCGUUAUUAUCGCCAUCGCCAUCGCCAUCGUCACAAUGACCAUAGCUAUCGUCGUUGUUAUCGUUAUCGUUAUCGUUAUCGUUACAUCAUCGUCGUCGUCGCUUUUAUUUCUACGACUAUAUUAUAUAAAAGUGUGCCUUGAAGAUGUUGUUGCCACGUGAAUUGUAUCUUUUUCGAGAAACUCGACGCGCGUACGCAGUAUCAACGUUCGUAUGAUCCAACGAACCGCGUAUUCGUUUUCUCCUUUUUCUCUAGUUUCUCCUUUCUCUUCUUUUUGGUGUUAUCUCCUCGAAACGCGUGUAUGUCGUUACGAGCGGUUUUCGCUGCAGUAUUUAUAAAAUUGUAAGUUAAGUGAAAGCUUAAGGCUGACGCGAGAUACGUAGCUGUUGGAACGGCUAGAUAUACUCUGGCUACCGGGACUGUCGCGAAAACGCGAACGCUGUACGAGAGUAACGAUCGAGUUGCUUCGUCACGCGCAACGUUUUCGCAUUUUCCUUGACGAUUUAACGGGAUUCGUUGUGCCGAAACGCGUCUCGAGCAGCGUUUCGCGUCUCCCCUCUAUAUUCUCGCGGAGCAAGUUUUAUCUUGGCCGUGUCUCUCCGAGAUCCCUUCAAAACAGGUUGCAGGUAUUCGCUGCGAAUCUCUGACUGACUAGCCACGGUCUUCCGCUUCUUAUGUAUGCGUUUUCUACUCGUAUUUUAAAAUAAACCAUGCUAUUCGAACGAG